AUGACGGGAGCUCCGCCGUACAAUCCUCAGUCUCCUACCCAGCAGUCUCGUUAUCCCGCCUAUUCUUCUCCGAACAAGAACCGUCCCUUCUACCCCAGCAACAAUGAUCAAUUUCAACAGCACCCGCCGCAGACGCCCCCGGCCUUUCCCCCUCAAUCCAGUAUGGCCAGGAGCCCUCACUUCUCGCAUGCGCCAUCUCCAUUGCCGGCCACGCUGCCUCCGUUAAAUGGCGCUGCUCCCUCGUCUCAUCCACCGGAUACAUCUUCACAGUAUCAGGCCCAUUCCUCGGCUGGCACGCCGCAAUUCCCCCUGCCUCGGCCCUACUCUAAUUCCGUCUUGUCGGGCAACGGCGCGGCCCCCUACGGUCAUUCUACUCCCUCCCACGCUCGUCCCUCUGGUCGGCCCGACAGUCAUUCGCAGGUUUCUCCAAAGAAAGAAGCAGAUUCCUCUUACCCCAUGGGGGGUCACGGAGUCGCGGCGUACUCAUCUCCCAUGAUGCGAGAGUCUAGGCAUUCCCCUCCCAAGGAAACUAAACCAGAUCCCAUGUCUUUUGCGAGCAUUUUGGCUGGACCAGCAGAAGAGCGCAACCCGCCUUCCCGACAGUCUCCACCAAAAAAGCAGUCGCCUCUUGACUCUGCAUCAACUUCUAUCGCGCCGACACCAACCGCCUCAGACACUUUCAACACUCCGUCGACGAUGCCUAGUCCGAUCGCCUACAUCAAGAGCAAAGACAAAGAGACCUCGGGUCCGACUCUACCGAGAUUAGAAAAGAAACCUUCCCAAGAGAAGCGCCGUCGCAACGUCGACCCAGAGUCCAGGGUGUCCGACUCGCGGACCUCAACCACUAAUGGCAUUGCGGAGUCCACGAAACCCUCUUCCUCUUCCCGCGCUGCUGUUUCUCGCCAGGCCUUGACGGAAGGAGAGGCGGAGGCUCUCAACCGCGCCAUAGUCGAUAUGGCGAACGCCGAUAAAAGUGACGUGGAAGCCCCCGGAUAUGAGAGACAGUAUCAAGAAUACAAGGCCAAAAGCAAAAAGCGUGCCCUUCUGACAGAGCAAACGGAAUUGAUUCGGCGCAAGCGACGACGCCACCAAUUCCUAUCAGCCUUCGCGAAGUCCCUUGAGAAGCAAGCCGAGGCUGGAAUGGAUCGAUUCAGACUCGCGAACGAGUCGUCAGUCAUCGCCGAAGUACAAGCCAAAGAGAUUCAAGAUGAGAAGGAACGCAAAAAGGAUAUGCAGCGAAAGCGGCGACGCGAGAAUACUGUGCGCAUGGAGAUGCAGAAGAAGCUGGAGGCAGAGCUCAAAGCAAAUGAGGCGCAGGACUCUGCCGAAAAGGCUAAGUUCCUCCGUGAAGCCGAAAGGGCUCAGCGCAAAAUCAAGACUACCAAGAGAGCACUGGAGGGUGUCACUGCCCCCGAGGAGAUUAGUGAGGUCACUCCCUUGGCGCCCAACCUCGAAGGCGGCACCACCAGUUCCUUCCACAUUGGUCGGAACUCUCCUUCCAGGCGCAAGUCUGGACGCAACGGCCCCGUCACGCGCCCGAAGAAGUCGAAAGAACAAAAGCAAGCGGAGAAAGAUGCAGCAGAAGCAGCUUACGCAGCCAUGGAGAACGACGAGGCGCUGCCUCUGGCACCCAAAGAGGAUCCUCGCAAGGAGUCUAUCAAGAAAGAGACGACCAAAGGCAGCCGAUCCAAGGAGCCCACACCUGCGCCGCUUUCCGCCUUCGAGACAAAGGGCUACAACCAGAUCUACGAGCAAAUCUGGCGCGAUAUUGCUCGUAAAGACAUCCCUAAGGUCUACCGCAUCAAGGGUCUGUCACUCAGCACGCGCCAGGAGAAUCUUCGCAAGACAGCACAACUUGCUAGCAAGCAAUCUCGCAAAUGGCAAGAACGCACCAACAAGAGCAUGAAAGACACUCAAGCCCGGGCCAAACGAACCAUGCGUGAGAUGAUGUCCUUUUGGAAGCGUAACGAACGUGAGGAACGUGAUCUGCGUCGCCUUGCCGAAAAGCAGGAGAUUGAAUCGGCCAAGAAGGCAGAAGCGGAGCGUGAAGCUAAUCGUCAGAGACGAAAGCUCAACUUCCUUAUCUCGCAGACCGAGCUGUACUCUCACUUUAUUGGCCGCAAGAUCAAAGGUGCAGAAGGGGACGAGUCCGGUGACACGGCCGUGGAAGGUUCUGAUCAGACCAUCCAGCCUGGGAAACCUCAAGAUCACACGGUGGAUAUGCCCCCCAGUGUCGCCGAUCUUGGGGCCAAGGUUACCAACUUCGAAGAUCUCGACUUCGAUGCCGAGGAUGAGACGGCCUUGCGACAGGCGGCUAUGGCCAAUGCGCAAAAUGCCGUUCAGCAGGCUCAGGAUCGAGCCCGCGCCUUCAACAACGACCAGAACCAAAUGGCUGCGUUGGACGAGGGCGAACUGAACUUUCAGAAUCCUACUAGCUUGGGUGAUAUCGAGAUCUCUCAGCCCAACAUGCUUACGGCGAAGCUCAAGGAGUAUCAGCUCAAGGGUUUGAACUGGCUUGUCAAUCUGUAUGAGCAAGGUAUCAACGGUAUCUUGGCCGACGAGAUGGGUCUGGGAAAAACCAUUCAGUCCAUUUCAGUCAUGGCUUAUCUCGCUGAAGUCCACAACAUCUGGGGUCCUUUCUUGGUCAUUGCGCCAGCCUCAACCCUGCACAAUUGGCAACAGGAGAUCACCAAGUUCGUUCCGGACAUCAAGGUUCUUCCGUACUGGGGCUCGGCCAAAGACCGCAAGAUCCUUCGUAAGUUCUGGGAUCGAAAGCAUAUCACAUACACGAAGGAAUCUGAAUUUCAUGUGUUGGUCACCUCGUAUCAGCUGGUGGUCCUGGAUGCACAAUACUUCCAAAAGGUCAAGUGGCAGUACAUGAUCCUCGACGAAGCCCAGGCCAUCAAGUCUUCUCAGAGUUCCCGUUGGAAGAACCUGCUCGGCUUCUCCUGCCGUAACCGUCUCCUCCUAACAGGUACUCCCAUCCAGAACAACAUGCAAGAACUGUGGGCUCUUCUGCACUUUAUCAUGCCCACAUUGUUCGACUCUCACGACGAGUUCAGCGAAUGGUUCUCCAAAGACAUCGAGUCCCACGCUCAAAGUAACACGAAACUUAAUGAAGACCAGCUGAGACGUCUGCACAUGAUCUUGAAGCCCUUUAUGCUUCGCCGUGUCAAGAAGCAUGUUCAACAGGAGCUUGGAGAUAAGGUUGAGAAGGAUAUCUUCUGCGAUCUCACCUAUCGCCAGCGUGCGUACUAUACCAAUCUGCGCAAUCGGGUUAGCAUCAUGGACUUGAUCGAAAAGGCCGCUGUUGGAGACGAAGCGGAUAGCACGACACUGAUGAACUUGGUCAUGCAGUUCCGGAAGGUCUGCAAUCAUCCGGAUUUGUUCGAGCGUGCGGAAACGAAAUCCCCGUUCUCGGUCGCACAUUUUGCCGAAACCGCUUCGUUUGUUAGAGAAGGUCAGAACGUUGAUGUCGCCUAUUCAACCCGCAACCUGAUCGAGUAUCCAUUGCCUCGCCUGCUCUGUGGAUCUGCCGGUCGGGUCAAUGUCGCAGGACCCGACAAUGCGCAUGCCGGCUUCCGUGGAAAGUAUCUCAACCACAUGAUGAACAUCUUCGCUCCGGAUAAUAUCAGGCAGAGUGUCCGGGACAAUGGGGCAUUUUCGUUCCUACGGUUUGUGGAUACGUCCCCGGGUGAGGCAUACGAGCAGUCACGCCUUGGUGUCUUUGAGCGAGCUGUUCGACGCCGUGAGCAAACGAACAGGCUGGCUAGACUCAAAGUCGUGUACGACGAUGACAGGACAGCCGCAUCAGUCUUGCCCCAUACCAUGUUCAACAUUCUCGACCGCAAUGAUGGUCGUGCGGUGCACGAAGUCGCGGCCGAGGGUUAUAUGCGGGAUCUGAUGACCGUUGCUGAGUCUAUGUUUGAACGCGAAGGUCUAUCACUGAUUGAGCCUUCGGCCGGCCCUGCAGCCUCGGCGCCGCCGAUCACCAUCACAAGCUCAAGUCAGAUUCCUAUGUACGAGGCUAGAGACAGUUUCUUUAAUGUUUCUUUGCGCCAUGCCUUGUACGGUGUUGCUUCGAAACAGGUGGAGCAGCAAAUCCUAGAGCAGAAGCUAGACCCUACGCCCUACUCUCUGCCACCCAUGCUGCCCAAGCCACUUUCCCUCAAGGGCCGCUACACGCAUAUUGAGGUGCCAUCCAUGCGUCGCUUCGUUACGGACUCAGGGAAACUGGCCAAGCUCGACGAACUCUUGCGCGAGCUCAAGGCCGGUGGGCAUCGUGUGCUCCUGUAUUUCCAGAUGACACGUAUGAUCGACCUGAUGGAGGAGUACUUGACCUACCGCAAUUACAAGUAUUGUCGUUUGGAUGGAAGCACCAAGCUGGAGGAUCGUCGUGAUACUGUGGCGGAUUUCCAACAGCGUCCGGAGAUCUUCGUGUUCCUACUAUCCACGCGUGCGGGUGGUUUGGGUAUCAACUUGACCGCGGCCGAUACAGUCAUCUUCUACGAUUCGGAUUGGAACCCUACUAUCGAUUCGCAAGCCAUGGACCGUGCUCACCGUCUGGGUCAAACGAGGCAGGUCACGGUCUAUCGCCUCAUCACCCGAGGCACCAUCGAAGAGCGGAUCCGGAAGCGUGCGUUGCAGAAGGAAGAGGUGCAGCGUGUGGUCAUUACCGGUGGUGCCGCUGGUGGCGUUGACUUUAACACACGUAAUCGGGAGAGCCGGACUAAGGAUAUUGCCAUGUGGCUGGCGGACGACGAGCAAGCCGAGCUCAUUGAACAAAAGGAAAAAGAAGCCCUGGAUCGCGGAGAGAUGUUUGGGGCUGGUAAAGGAGGAAAGAAGGCGGCUCAGAAGAGGAAGAGGGAUAUCACGCUGGAUGAUAUGUAUCAUGAAGGUAUGGCGCCCUACGAUCCCAACCUGCAAACAUUGGCUAACUCGGAUUUUCCUUUAGGUGAGGGUAACUUCGACGAUGCUAGUGCAAAACCCUCUGGCGCCGCAACUCCGGUCUCCGCAGCGGAUAACGUGGGUACGCCCUCGGGCACGCCAGUCCCCAAGCGAGGCCGUGGACGCGGGACCGGCAAAGGAACGUCGAAACGGGCGAAGACGACGAAAGAGCGACUGCGUCUCAUUGACGGCGACGGGGGCCUCGGACCCAGUUAA